AUGAGAGUUCGACGCGUCCUCACAGCAACUCAUGGCGGCUCCGUGCUUGCAUGCGCUUGCGAUCGCUCUUCCCGCUUCUUUGCCAGCGGGUCCGUCGACCACUCGGUGGCCAUGUGGUCGCUGGACAGGAAGGAUGCAUACCCGAAGCUGUGGGAGGGUCGGCACGGAGCAUACGUGCAGGACGUUCAGUUCUCCUCCGACUCGCUCCUGCUGGCGUCAGUAGGGGGAGACAGGAUCUGCCGCGUGUGGGACGUAGAGACUGGUACCACCACCCACAUCCUGAGAACGAGCGGAGCUCUUACCCUCGUUCGCUUUUCCCCCUGCUGCAAGAGAGUCAUGGCGGGAGGGCUG